AAAGACCAACGUUCCGCAACGCCUUCGCCACAGACGAAGUAUACCGAUUCCUUUGCUCGACACCUCUACGGCUAUUCGUGUCUAUCAACCAUAUAACCGAGUGGGAGUUUCCUAGUUGGACAACAAUAAACGGGGUUCGCAGAUUGGUGGGGUUGCCUGAGGGCGGAAAUAGGUGUCACUGAUUCCGCCGGUGCGAAGCAAUCUCGACUAUAGUCGGUGCGCAGAAAUCCUUCCGGUGGCUGCUAUACGAAAAAUCCCUUCGGUCUUGGUGCGCAGCGUCGGACCAUUCUUGGACAUUACAGUUUUUCCGUCGCUAUGGCAGCAAUGGCGAGCAAACCAGAAAUGCCUACUUUCUCAUACGCCCAGGCAGCUAAGGGCAUUGUGUCAACACCUACGACGCAACAGACAGCCAAAUCCAGUGCUAAUCAGAGCAAACAAGCUUCUAAUGACGACUCGAACGAUAGCUCAGUUCCUGCGACCAGGUCAGAGGUAAAGGCGGACACGGAGAAUACAGAGUCCAAGGUCGAACGAGAGACUGAAUCUGCCGGCCAGCAGCAAGCUUCAGCAGGUUCAUCAAAGAAUAUCGUUUCUGGAACUUCUUCUCCUAGCCUCGGUACUGCCUCUACUUCGACGCUCACAAAGGACGAUGACGCUUCCGUCACUCCUAACGGAUCCUCCGACUCAACGUGGGAUAAGCAGUCGCAGGCUUCUGUGCCUGUUGAGAAGGCCAACCAGACAGCUGAGGGAACCCAGGAGAAAUCCAACGGCGCUUCUGAAAAGGCGCCCUCCCCACCUAAGGAAUUGAAGGCCGCACCCAUCCCUGCGGUUAAUGUCUGGCAACAGAGGAAAGAGGCACAGGAAGCAAAGGCCAAGGCCACUGGUACCUUGAAGCCUACAGCUUCGGCCGCCGCCAAGGGUGGCGCCGUGAAAUCUGGUGCAGACCAAGAUCCGUCGAGAUCCGGCCCCAAGAAGAAGGCCGAUGGCGCUCCUGAGGGAGCUGGCUCUCAAGUAAGGGAUCGCAAGAAGACCGAUGGAAGAGGACGUGAUGAGGGUGCGAGAAAAUCCGGAUUCCGUUAUGGCGGCGCCGUCUCAGCUGAAGGAGCACUUCCACCGGUUGGUGAUGCUGCCUUGUGGCCGACCCCGCAGACUGCCCAGGGAGAGGAGAAGAGGAAAGCUCAGGAGAAGAGCGAGAAGUCUGAAAAGACUGAGAAGAGUCCCGGAGUCAGAACUCAUGGCAAGGAGAAGUGGACACCUGUGCCAUAUGUCCCAACCGCUGUUUUCAAUACGCCCUUGCCCUCUGGAUCACGCAGAGGUGGAAGAGCGUCUCGAGGUGGAAGAGACGGUGGCCGUGGAGGAGCUCACGGUGCCGGCGCUGCUGCUGGAGCAGACAAGGCCGCUCCAGGCCAAACGGUGCAGGGAAGCGCCUCUAAGGUGGCCGCUGCUGGAGACAGAGGCCGAAACGAGCCUAAUGGUACUAGGGCAAACUCCCUGCCAGCUCAGACCCGGAGGUCGGACAGUACGGAUGCUGCGACUGCAACGGAGCAGCGUAGAUCUUCUCAGGCACCAGAGCGAGCCCGUGGUGAACCCCGGGCAAAGGGCUCUGAGGAUACGCAUGGAGCCAACGAGGGUGCACAGACCAAUGGCACGGAGGGUUUCCCACGAAAGUCCUUUGGCAAAACUCAUGAGCCUUCUCACAAGGGUGCUGAUUACCACUCGCGGAGCAUCCACGUUCCCGGAGACUCCCAUAAUGGUCGUUUCAGCUCCAGCCACGAGCGUCGCUUUGAUAACGGUCCGAAGUCUGCGGACGUUGCAUCAUUCCCUCGCGAAUUCCACAGUCACCGUGAUCACCCCAGGGAGCGAGGCGACUCGCGCCCAGAGCGCGGCCGGGGUGCAUACAGGGGACGAGGUGGCCACGGCUCCUAUGGAAGCUCCCAGAGCUCUCAGUUCCCUAACCCUCACAUUUCGCACCACUCAUUCAUCCCGAACAAGUCGUUCAACUUCGACCGCCAACGUUCGCAGCAAGGGCUCCAGAACGGACAGUCUCACAACCGGAUGUCCAUUCGCUCCCCCUCGCUACCCAACACGGCCGCUAUGUACGGCGCCUAUCCGGUUCCUGCUGACAUUAACACUGUGUAUGCUUAUCCCCCGGUGCAUCCUGGUCCUAUGACUGCGAUCCCGUACCAGCCAUACAUGGAACCGUUUUCUCUUAUGGGCAUGAUCUCUAUGCAGCUUGAGUACUACUUCUCCGUGGACAACCUUUGCAAGGAUAUCUUCCUCCGGAAACACAUGGACUCUCAGGGUUUCGUUCUCCUGAGCUUUAUUGCUGGCUUCAAGAGGGUCAAGACUCUGACGGAGGAUUUCGAGCUUCUCCGCCAUGUCGCCCGUCAACUUCGCAAUGUGGAGUACCAGAUCAGCGAGGACGGCGUUGACAGAGUUCGUCCUAGAGAGAGAUGGGAACAGUGGGUUCUCACCAUUGAUCAGCGUGACCCCUCCGCGCAGAAUGAAGGCCCUCCACCUGCCAAGUCUUAUCCGCCGGUGGACGAGAAUGCAUCCCACUUUGAAUAUGCCGCCGCUCCCUAUGUCAACGGUUCUGCCUCAGAUGGUUCGCAUCACGCCUUGACGAAUGGUACGAAGAGCAAAUUGCUCUCCUCAACAGCGCCGGAAUUCUCCCCGUCUGGGAAUUUGACGCCUGUGACUGCUCAAGAUGAGAAUGCGACUAAGUCGGAACAGUGAUCCAUAGAGAUUGCAUUCUUUCUUUGGCUGAUAUGGCCUAUUGAUUUAGUUCAGCGAAAUGUGGAUAUGCCGAUACGUUAGCGGAUCGGCUCCGAUGUGUUUAUGUUUGCAACGAUCUGUGAUCAGACUUAAGACUACGGCUACAAAGAAAGAUGCAGUGAUUGCACCGCUUUCUUUCAAACCCUUAUUCUGCAACACUUUUUUUUCGGAUGAGGCCUUGAGAAAAUGAAAUUCAAGG